AAAUAACUUUGGUCACACUGACAAUACAAAAUGGCGAAUGUCAUCCAACGUGUUUGAAACGACAUAGUUGGAAGUUGUAAUUGCACUUGGCAUUAAAGCUGUCUAGAUUUCGGAAAACCCCAGUCCCUCAGAGCAGGUUAUCGUCCGCACUUUUCAGUGAUUCGAAGGCCCCAAAAACAUCUUACAAUCAUCGUAGCGAAAUGAGUACAGUCACCAGCAGUGAUCACCAGGUGGACGCAGACACCGAUGUGCUGCAGAUGCCCAGCACGAGCACCUGGAGCCAGCAGAGGAACUGGGCCAACGCUGCGGAGUUCGUGCCCAGCCACAAACGUGCUAUGGCUCGCGCGCAGGACGAGUUGGAGACCACGCCGGCUGCAGCUGGCUGCAGUGCAUCCGCCCGGGGGCCGGCAGGUGUCUCCUGGGCCGACGUAGUGAGAGGGCCUUCAUCUUCGGGCAGUCACGUGCAGCCGUCCUGGAGCUGCUCCAUCGCCAGAUCCCAGGACAAGAAGUGCGGCAUUUGCUUCGAGACGAUCAUGGAGAAGGAGGGAGGCGAUAGGCGUUUCGCCAUCCUGCCCAGCUGCAACCACGUAUUCUGCUUUGAGUGCAUUUGCACGUGGCGCAAGGCAAGGCAGUUCGAGUACAAAGUGCGGCACGCUUGUCCCGAAUGCCGCGUGUGGUCGGACUUUGUGUGUCCCAGUGCCUUUUGGGUGGAGGACAGGGAGGAGAAGGACCAGCUGCUCAAUGAUUACCGCGCCGCUUUGGGUGCAAGGGACUGCAAGUACUUCAGGAAAGGAGUAGGCCGGUGCCCCUUUGGCAACCAGUGCUUCUAUAAGCACGCUCUGCCCAACGGAGAUCACGUCGAAGUGGGAUUGCCGAUGCCUACUCAAUGGCUACCAGUUCGACCUGAAUUUUUGGCUAUUCUUAGAAUGCAUUUUUUUAGAGUUCAUCGCCCGUAUGUGUUCUCUUAUAAUGUCAGUAGUUCCGAGUACUCCGACUACUCGGAUAAUUUGGACGAAGACUAAGCUGCUGACUGAGCUGAAACAGGAGGAAAUGUGAAAAAAGGACAAAGUCACAGGAAGACGUAAUUGAUAUUCAAACUAUAAAUCAAAUAUCGAGUUCCUAAUGAAGCGAUGUAUUGUGUGUAGGUACCAAAGUUGGGUUACAUAACAAUUAUUUGUGUGGUAAAUGCCACGGAAUUUGAGUACAUGUAGUUUGUAUUUCUGUACAUGUAUUACAUUUCAUUUAAUGCAAUUCACAAGUGGGUUAGCAUAAAGUUUAAAGAACAUAUGUGUCAUUACAUUUUAGAAAUAGGUGAAUCGGGUUUCUUAUAUUUUUGUAUGCCUUGCAACUACAAAUGAGUAUCUGGAUACUUGCAGACAUUUAAUAUCAUAGAAAUCAAU